AAAAUAUCGAGAACUAAUACACAGGGUCCCCCCUUUUGUUUUUCUUUCUUUUGCGGCGAGUUCGUGCUAAUGCCGUUCUCAUCCAAUCGACCGGUAACGUCGUAGGUCCCAGUACCACUCAAAGUGACAGUCAGAGCGGGUGCAGUGAGACAAAGAUGCUGUGACGCAGACAAAAGAAAUAAAUGAAAAUAUUUUACUGGUCAGGAUCUACACGGUGAUCCCUGAAGAAAAAGAAGGAAAAAAAAUUACACCUAUACCCGUAGUGUGUGUUGAUCAAGAGGCCUCAGUCGAUUGGAUAAGCGACGGUUUUGGAUUUGCACCAGGUACCUAAGCCGCUCUGGGACCAUGCUAAUCUCGGCAUGUAGGCCGAAGUGAGAAUCUCUUGCAUAUUUUUGGCGUUUGGAUGCAUGAGCAUGGGCAUUGAAUCAUAUGCAUAGGAUAUAAGCAGUCCUCAGUCCGUCGACAUCAUCACAGUGGCCGUUUUCGUCCAACUGUACAAACAGACCAACCCAUUGUCCUAUUUACACAUUCCUUUCAGGGAUUUUCCUUUUCAUCUCAUAUCCAUUUGUUAAAAAGAUACCCGGAAGCCAUCUUCCACCUAUCACACCCACCACAUACACCAUGAGCAAGCCACUCGAGCUUCUUGUCUUUGGCACUGGAGCAGUCGGUUCGGUCUUUGGUUGGCGAACGGCACAGAAUGCAAACGUCAAGCUGUCAGCAAUCUGCCGCUCCAACUACGAAAUAGUCAAGAAUCGCGGCCUCACUUUCCGUUCUAAUAUGUGGGGGACUGGUUCCAUGCGGCCGGUGCGAGUCGCUCGACACUCCAACGAAUUGAGCCAUGUUAAGUUCGACUACGUUGUGUGCGCCACCAAGAACAAGCCUCAAGAGGAGCAUGCCCUCAUGAGAAGUCUUGAGCCUCUCUUGUCCAAAGACACGACACUUGUUCUCAUUCAAAACGGCGUGGAAAUCGAACACCCCUUUCGAAGAGCCUUUCCCAACCACACGCUCCUUUCAUCGAUAUGCUUCGCCUCGUGCUCCAUGCAAGGUAGCACCGUCUUGCAGCCCGCCAACAUUCGACCUCACGGAUUCCACGUCGGCAUACACGGCAACGGCAAUACGUCGGCCAGCAAGGACGAAGAAAGACUACACACAUUAGUCGGCCUGGACCCCAAGUUCAAGGCAGUUGACAAUAUCGCUGCCGAGCGCUGGGCCAAGAUGGCGUGGAACGGGGCGUGGAAUCCUGCCACUGCCCUCUUUGGUCUCGAGACGCAGGACAUCCUCCAGCACAGCCCUGCCGGAACUUCCCUUGUGCGCCAGCUCGCAAAAGAGGUCAUCCAAGUGGCCCAGGUGUAUGGCGUGGAAUUGCCCCCCAACUACGAAGAUGAGAUCAUCAGGAUGACCGAAGUCGAGGCUUCCAUUGCGCCAUCCAUGUUGCAAGAUUUGCGCCGUGGACAGAGAAUGGAGGUCGAGACGAUCUGUGGAACAAUUUGCCGCAUGGCCGAUCAGGUUGGGCUUCCUCACCCAGCCAUGGCUACUGCAUACCGCACCUUAUCCGAAAUGAACUUGGCUUGCGCUGAGACACCUCUUCCCGCACGUCAAGACAAGCCGGCGCUCAAUAUGUCGCAGCGGAUUCGUGCCAGCGUUGGGGCUAGGAUCGGGGCUAGGAUCGGCGCCACUGCGCCAUCCGUGGGCGGGCUGGGUAUGCAGCAGCAGCAGCCACACCAGAUUGCAGCUUAGCUGCAGAGUACACACAUAACAAAACAGCUGUAUAUAUUUCAAUGAACAUAGCUAAGAAAAAUUGUGCGAAAAAUAUUAGAAAGAGAAAGCGAGAGAGAGGGACCUUGGCUAGCUGGCCUUGCCUGAGGCCCUCGGAGAAGGACGUAGAGAGAUGGAUGGGGUGGGCUGCAGGAAGCCGCACUCCACAAUCUGAUUGAGGCCACUGCUACCCUCUUCGGGGACCGUUUUGUUCUGUUUUGCGAGGCCGAGCAAUGUUACUUUUCCUUUAGCAUAUACCCAAUACCAUUAUGUGAACGGGGCCAUGGGCCUCGACUGAUUCAUGGGCUGUUUGGAUACACUGCGUAUAUCUUGGGAAACUCGUUUAGAAUUACGAUACCUUUAAAAUGUAU